AUGGCCCCAUUUGAGGCAUUGUAUGGGAGAAGAUGUAGGUCUCCCAUUGAUUGGUUUGAUGAAUUUGAGGAGAGACCUUGGGGUACCGAUCUUUUGAGGGAAUCGUUAGAGAAAGUGAAAUUCAUACCGGAGAAGCUUCUAGCAGCUCAGAGAAGGCAGAAGGAGUAUGCAGAUCGGAAGGUCAGGGACUUGAAGUUUAUGGAGGGUGAGCAUGUCCUGCUGAAGGGUUCACCCAUGAAGGGUGUGAUGCGGUUUGGUAAGCGAGGUAAGCUUAGUCCGAGGAGCCCGGUAUUUCAUGUGUCUAUGCUGAAAAAACACCAUGGUGAUGGAAACUACAUUAUUCGUUGGGAUUCAGUCCUGCUUGAUGAGAAUCUAUCUUAUGAGGAGGAGCCUAUAGCUAUUCUAGAUAGGGAGGUCCGCAAGUUGAGGUCAAAGGGGAUUGCAUCUAUCAAGGUUCAGUGGAAGAAUCGGCCAGUUGAAGAGUUCACUUGGGAGAGUGAGGCUGAUAUGCAUGAAAGAUAUCCACAUCUUUUUAUUGAUUCAGGUACCCUUCGGUAA